CAACUGCCACUGCAUCCUUUUUCCUUUUGCCCUGCUUCGCUCUCUCACACACCCUUUUUGAACCCUUGCCUCGUAUCGCUCGUGCGUCUGUGCUGUAUGUACUGCAUAUGUCCUGCGUGUCCGUGCAGCGUGCAUUCAGCUACUACUGCCGCCGGCGACCACUACGGCUCCUUGCUGCGGCGAACUACCACUAGCAAUGCGACUUCAUCCUCGGCGCCACUGACGAGCCGUCCUCAUCAUCCUUGUUUCUCUCUGCCAUGUGAGGUGGCUUUGUGAUGCCUCAGGACGACAAUUCAGCUCCGAGUCGUCCCUUGGUCCAUCAGCAUCUAACACACUUCGGUGCUUACAGGCCCGACGCCAGUCCUAUACCGGCGUCCUACCUCCAUUUUAUACCUGCGUCUACUACUGGCCACCGCUCGUGUUCAACGGCCGCCCUCUGCAAAUCAUCUCUCUAAGCCAAUCAUUUACCGACAGUCGGCCUUUGAACCUUUCAUUUUCCUGGCCUAUCCGAGCAGCCAGGCAUUUUAGCCCCGUCGUUCAAGAGAAAGUACUGGUAGUUCGUGUCGAAGUGUGUGUGACACAGGUUUCUCAGCCACGUAUCACCCUGGCUAUUCGACGGAUAACUUGUCGUGGAGGAAGACAGUAAUUAACAAACCAACAUACUGUAUCUCUACUCGGGGUGCAGUUACCACAGCACCCGCCAUCAAAGUUGUCCCCCGCGACCUCGCAAGAGAGCGAUCUGGCGCACACCCUCCGCCUACUCCUACUCGUGGGUACGACACAACAAUCAUCCAUCUACCAGUCACCCUCCGGACCCACGGCGCUUCUGUCGCUGUCACCGAAACCAUCUCGGCCUGCUCCGCGGUUUACGCUGUCAUCGUGUCACCUCACCGACUGCUUGUGAUCGGCCAAGGAAAAGGAAGUCCUCCUGAAAAGAAAGUACAUUUCUGUAGACUCGACCCUUCUCAUCUCCAUCUUCUACCGUAACACCAGGCUCCCGCAUGAUGCGGCUUCCCUUGGACCAUGUUAUUUCCUCCCGGCUCCUUGCCUCAUGGUCCGCCGAUUGAGACCAAAAAGGCCUUGUUACUACUCGACUUUCAAAACGACUUCGUCUCCCCAGAGGGAAAGCUUCCUGUGGCCAAUGUACCUUCUUUCCUCCCGCAGCUGAUCUCCCUCGCGUCCGAGUUCCGCGAAAAGGGAGACGUUAUCUGGGUGGGUACGGAGUACCAGCAGUCUCGCUCCACAAUUUCUACCACCACAGGCUCGCAUUCCAUUCUUCUCAGGCAAUUCCUAUCGGAUCAAGGGCAAAGUGAAGAGCAGAGUGCGUCUCUCGCCCAUCCUGCUCGCACACGCUCAUCCUCGGAAGAUCUGCUCUCGCCGUCCUCAAAACCCGAUGCCGCCCAUGAUCGAGAGGCUUUCUUGACCGAGACCACAUACAGGUGCUGUAUCCCCGGUACCUCCGGUUCCGACUAUCCAGAUCUCAUCAAACAUGCCAUCGACUCGCAACGGGACCUGCUCAUCGCCAAAUCUCACUACUCGGCUUUUGUGGACUCACCGCUUCUCACACAUCUGCGGACCAGACUCAUAACUGAGUUGUAUGUGUGUGGCAGUCUGUCCAAUAUUGCGGUAUAUGCUACCGUGCUAGACGCAGUCUGUCAUGGUCUUCAGGUCACGGUUGUCGAGGACUGUCUCGGUUUCAAUGACGAAAAAUGCCAUGUAGAAGCCAUGCGUCAAAUGGCUGAUCACAUGGGCGCAAACGGCGUCGAUUGCCAAGAGCUCCGUGACGAUCUUGCUGGACUGCUGGGUGAUGUGAUACGUGAAGACCAAUACACCACCACUUUUCAAGUCAGCCUUGCUCCUCCUCGGCUGCGGAGGCCUCGUACUUCGAGAAAGCAUAUCCAUGACUGGAUGGCUGGGUUGGAAGGCCAGGAUAUUGCCAGCAGCCAGGCAGAAAAUGUGGGCGCCGUCCCCGAAGACGGUACGAGGAGGGCGAGCAAUGGCCGUGACUCGCGUACAAAGAAGCGAGUCGUCCGCCGAAGAGAAGCAUCCCUCGAUCCGCUUCUCGAAGAGGUCCCCCUCGCCUCCGUAUGACACAGGUAUACUUUGGACAGGGUCUGGUAAAGGUGCCGAAACCGAUGAAUCUGCCCUUCCAGACGACCAGCAAAGUCGUGGUGACGGGCCUGCGUCACAGGCACCUCAAGGGAGACAUGAGUCUCGGUCGAGACAGAAAAUGGCGGCCCCUAAGUUCCUUGGGCCUAACGACAGGAUCGGCGAAGGUGAUUGCCGGCUCGUGUUAAAUCUACUCGAUCCCGACGAGGCCGAACGGGCAUUCUACUCGUGUAAGGAUUCCAUCAGAUGGCAGAAAAUGUAUCACCGCACUGGCGAAGUGCCCCGCUUGGUAGCCGUCCAAGGAGAAGUCACCGAGGACGGUACAUGCAAGCCCAUCUACAGGCACCCGGCUGACGAGUCACCCGAACUCUUUCCCUUUCACCCUACGGUUGAUGUCUUGCGCAUAGCUGCAGAGAAAGCGGUUGGUCAUCGCUUGAACCAUGUUUUGCUGCAAUGGUACCGCAACGGCGAAGACCACAUCUCGGAGCACUCUGACAAGACUCUGGACAUAGUUCGCGGGUCGACCAUUGUCAAUGUGAGUUUGGGUGCUCAAAGGACCAUGACCCUGCGCACAAAGAGCUCGGCGGUUACUGUUACUGUUGUGGCAGAUGACGGCAGUCGACAGUCUGACUUUGUCAGACCUUCUCAGCGCAUACGCUUACCUCAUAAUUCUCUUUUUGCCCUUGGCCAGGAGACCAAUCGGCUCUGGUUGCAUGCCAUCCGAGCAGAUAAAAGACCUGCCUCUCUUAAAGACCCGGAGGAACUUGCCUUUUCAGGAGAAAGGAUAAGUCUGACUUUCAGACACAUUGGCACUUUCAUCAACCCUAUAGACAACACCAUAUGGGGCCAAGGGGCGACGGGGAAACAGAGAGAAGGAGCCAAACGGCUGUUGACCGGCAGUGAAGCCGAGCAACAAGGCGAGUCGAUGAUUAGGGCCUUUGGUCAGGAGAACCAUCGCAGUAUUGAUUGGGAUUGGGAUGAAUGUUACGGGAAAGGCUUCGACGUUGUCAAUUUCCAGACAAUGAAGGCUUCAGCAGAUUGAACAUUUGCAGUCAGCGAUUACGGCCCAAAGGACCUAGGUCGCUUGAACCACACUGUUUCUUCUCCAGGAGUUUCUACAGCAUAGCAUAGCAGAGCGCAUGGUGGCGCAUCUGUUCAGCACGUGUUCACGGCGACGUCUUUGGGAUUUUAGUCAAGUUGUACGGGGAAUGAAAAAAAAGCGCAGUCAAUUUAGUAAUCUGUCUCUGCUUGAAAGAUACCGAUCUAGUGUCCACCUUCUCAUUUGCUCACUUUCUUACUCACUCACUCACUCACUUUCUCUCCUUUUCAAGCAGAGACGAAAAUCAGAUACUGGGGGGAGAAGGCCGAAGCACCGCUGUACAGAUUUGCAAAAAGUCGAUUCGGCCCAGCCAUGUAUACACGUGGAGUUGACCGGGCCGUCUAUUGUGAUACAUCAUUGUCUUCACGUAUACUCUAGCUUGCUUGAUUGCUCGGCCGGCAUCGCAGAACUGGCACACUUAAAAAGUCUCUCCAGCGUCGAUUAACAACGCCAUCCUAUUACUGUAGCCGUAGAACUCCAUCAAGGACGAGGCGCAGAGAAAAUGCAGAGAUUGUCCGCAG